GUCCAUUAUCGCUGGAUUGUGCCCAUGCAUAGUGCGGAGAAAAAAGGCUUGUCUUUUUGCUGAUUCUCUCGCAUGUCUCAGUAUGAGGUUUACCUCUAAAUAUUAGUCUUGCCCGUGGAAGCUCGUCAGUUGAUCGGGGCUUUCUCUGCGAGAAUAUUCCUGUGCGUGCUCGCGUGGCAGAACCAUGAAUCUCUGGGCGCUCAUCGCGGUGGUGCUGGCCAGUGUGGGUGUCCAGGCGACCCGCGACACACCCCUGCGCCUGGCCGGGGGCAACUUCACCAUCGGACACCUGAGGACAGUGUCGGCGGCGCAGAAUGCAAGUGAGAAGCCCGCGGUGCUCGAGGUGGUCAAUCAGACGUAUUCGCGGAAUGAUCUUGGGGAAUACACGAUGUCAUAUGUGUUGAACGAUGGCAGUCGUCGUGUCGAGGUGGCAGAAUUUGAGGAGGUCGAUGGCACAAAGAAGUUCGUAAUUCGUGGGUUAUUCACCUACAUGCAGAAUGGCAUCGUCAGGAAUGUUCUUUACAAAUCCGAUGAUACUGGUUUCUACACUUAUCCCGAUCCCACGGCGGUGCCCGAAGACAAUGUCCUCUUCUUGCCGCCGGAAUCGUCGAACGAGUGCGUGAAGCAGAACACCUGCAUAGACUCCAAACUGCUCACCAUUCUCGUGGGCUGACGCGCGCCCAAAGGAUCCCCAGCUAAUUGUGGCGAAUCUGUGCAAAUCAUGCUCAAUAGCUCAAGUACUUCUCCCCCGAGCGACUGGGCAUGACCGGUUUAUAUUUAUUUAUUCUAUCGAAGCACCGCGAGAUUUCAAUGAUGUCCCCUCCUCGCGACUAUCUGCAGCGAGUCAAUUCACUUGCGAUUUAUUAAAUGCCAUAAAUUAACACAUGUUAGUGGAUGAUGUAGAAAAUUGGUGGAUUUCUCUGUGACCGAAAUUUUAACGCUGAACAGCGAAAAUGCGGACUUUUCCUUUCACAUCCACAUUUCAAGCAUGUCUUUGGCAGAUGAAACGCAUUCCUGAAAUUCCUCUAAUCAUCUUCUCCGCAAUACUUAUAAUAUAUAAUCUGUUAUUUUUGCAACAAGCAACAUUAAUAAUUAUGUAUUUUAAUGGAAUUCAUCUUAAUUUAAUGGAAUAAAUAUUAUUGUUCUGACAAUCA